CACAGAAUCAUCAAGCUGCAGAGACAUCUGGGACAACCCGACAGUUACACAACACACCUGCUCGGAGAUUCGCUGACAGGCUCACAAGUCACUCACUAGUUUACUCGGAUAACUCUGUCACAUUUGGAUGAUAUGGCUGAGAGUGAGGACAUCUUUCUCAGGGCGAAACACCGGACUUUCAGAGGACUCACUGAAGAUGCAGAGCAUGAGUGGAGAGGACCGUUUUGCUUCAUCCAGGCCGCAGACCCCCAGCUCGGGCUAAUGAAGGCCUGGAGGGAUGGCGACUGCGACGGCGGUGGCGACGAAUGGGCUGAGGAGGUGGAGCUCACCAAGCAAGCCGUGGAGGCCGUAAACCAGCUGCAGCCCCGGCCGAGGUUCAUGGUGCUGUGUGGUGAUCUGGUCCACGCCAUGCCAGACACCCCGUUCAGAGAGGGUCAGGAGCAAGACCUGAAGGCAGCCUUGAAGGGGACGGAUCCUUCCAUACCGCUGGUGUUUGUCAGCGGGAACCAUGACCUGGGCAACACCCCCACUCCCAGGUCUCUGGAGCAGUACUGCAGUGCCUGGGGCGACGACUAUUUCAGCUUCUGGGUGGGCGGCGUCCUCUGCCUGGUUCUGAACUCCCAGUUGUUCUACGACGCCUCGGCUUGCCCUCAUCAGAAGGAGGCCCAGGAGACGUGGCUGGAGGAGCAGCUGAGCAGAGCCUCGUCCUCGACGGAACCCAAACCCAAACACGUGCUGGUGUUCCAGCACAUUCCCCUGUACCUGAAGAGUCCUGAUGAGGAGGACGACUACUUCAACCUGCAGAGGACAGUCAGACAGAACCUGCUGGACAGGUUCAAGAGGGCAGGGGUGAAAGCAGUGUUCUCCGGCCAUUAUCACCGAAACGCCGGUGGUUGUCACGGCGGCCUGGACAUGGUCGUGAGCUCGGCCAUCGGGUGUCAGCUCGGCGAGGACACCCACGGCCUCCGGGUGGUGGUGGUGACCGCUGACGAUGUCAUCCACCGCUACUGCAGCCUGGAGCAGCUGAGUGCACGAGGCAUCGACGAGGACCUCAGGAAGCUGCUGCAGGUCUAAAGUCUGGAAAAUGUAACUUUUUUUUUUGUCAGUUGUUUUUUAUUUUACAUGUUGAGCCCUUGUUCUUAGGGGCACACAAGAGGAGGGGUUUUCUCCAAAAUUUCUGCCUAUUCAUUAAAGUGAAAAAAGGAAAAAACAAAAUUAAUAUUGAGGCAUUCACCGUAUGUUUGACCAGAAAGAAGAAAAGAAUGUGAAAAGAAAAGCAAUGUAUCUAACUAACAAAGAUGAGUCUACAUGCCAGCGUCACAUGAUAAACUAUACAGAAUCUCUCACUAAAAUCAAACUGAAUUUGGUUUCUCUCUCUGCUCAGUGUUUUCCUCUGAGCAUCUCUUGGCAGGCUGGAUGUGAUUAUCUGCCCCCGUCGACCUAUGAGGGGCACGCAGAGAUCGUUGAAUGUGUUUGAAAACUGUGUUCUCAGUCAGAUGUUGUAACUUUAAAUGUAUUCAAACCUUUCCAUCGUUAAAGGAAGAUUCCACCCCACAACGCUGAAAUGUCAUUCACACCAGUCUCUGCAGAUACCAGUGGCAACAGUGCAAACAGAAAUUCAUCAUUAAAGAGGAAACAGGAAAGAGUUCUUAAGGCGGGGCAGCUAUGUGGCUUGUUUGCAUGAUUCAGUAUAAAAAAAGGCUGUUGAAAAGCAGGGGAGAAAGGGGAGACAUAGAUGCUCACUAAAGCAGGAAUGCUCAACUUGCUCUGCCUGGGGACCACUUUUGCAAAAUGGCAGGAGGCCAGGGGCCAAUCUCAACAGCUCCAUACGUGUCCAGGAUUUUAGGAAGUUUCUCAGAUUUUAGGACAUUUCUAGGAUUUUAGGAUAUUUCUAGGACUUUGGGGUGUUUCUUAGAUCUAAGGAAGUUUCCAGGAUUUUAGGACAUAUGUAGGAUUUCAGAAUGUUUCUAGGAUUUCAGGAUAUUUCCAGGCCUUUAGGACAAUAGGGGCUUAGCUAGGACCUGGUACGGGGUGUCCUACAGUGGUACUUUAAAAAAAAAAAAAAAAGCUUUAUCUUGAUGCUGUUUUAUGCACUUUGACACCAUAUGUAUACCAAAUG